AUGACAGCUUCUCUGGCCACGCCUCUGCGGCGCAUCACUUCGGCUCCAAGAUCAUCACUAUUCACAGCAUGUCGACCCUCAACCCGCAGCUUCACGAAAAGUGGUCUGCUCCGACAGCAACCACACUCGAAUGUCGCCCAGCGAAUGUACGCCGAUAAUGCAAAGAAGAAUCAGACAGCAAUGAUUUAUGGCAUAAGCGUCUGUGUAGGGACUCUUGCUCUUGCCUAUGGUUCCGUGCCACUGUACAAAAUGAUCUGUCAACAAACUGGUUGGUCUGGUCAGCCUGUUAAGGCUCACGACAACGGUGGAGACCCGGCUGAACGACUGCGACCCGUCGAGAACCACAAAAGACUCAGGAUCAAGUUCAAUGGCUCGGUAUCAGAUGUCAUGCCCUGGAAAUUCACACCUCAGCAGCGCGAAGUUCGCGUGCUGCCUGGGGAGACUGCGUUGGCUUUCUACACCGCGACGAAUAAGAGCGAAGCAGACAUCAUCGGCGUUGCAACAUAUUCGGUCACCCCCGCUCAAGUCGCUCCGUACUUCAGCAAGAUUCAAUGCUUCUGCUUCGAAGAACAAAAGCUCAACGCAGGCGAGACCGUCGAUAUGCCCGUCUUUUUCUUCAUCGAUCCCGACUUUGUUAAUGACCCGGCGAUGCGCGGCAUUGAGACAAUAACGUUGAGCUACACGUUCUUUAAGGCGAGGUACGACAAGAAUGGGGUGUUGACUACAAUACCGCUCCCACAGGGCAUGUAA